AUGUCACGGAGAUACGACUCCAGGACGACCAUCUUCUCCCCCGAAGGUCGCCUCUACCAAGUCGAAUAUGCCCUCGAAGCCAUCUCGCACGCCGGAACCGCGCUAGGCAUCUUGGCCCAGGAUGGCAUCGUGCUCGCCGCAGAGAGGAAGGUCACCAGCAAGUUGUUGGAACAAGACACAUCGGCCGAGAAGCUGUACAUCUUGAACGAUAACAUGAUCUGCGCUGUAGCAGGAAUGACCGCCGACGCCAACAUCCUCAUCAACUACGCCCGCCAAAACGCCCAACGCUACCUCCUCACCUACAACGAAGACAUUCCCUGCGAGCAGCUUGUCCGCCGCUUAUGCGAUCUCAAGCAGGGUUACACGCAGCACGGAGGUCUCCGACCGUUCGGUGUGUCAUUCAUCUACGCAGGAUGGGACCCCCAGCGCCAGUUCCAGCUCUACCAGAGUAACCCCAGUGGCAACUACGGCGGCUGGAAGGCGACCAGUGUCGGCGCGAACAACGCCUCUGCGCAGAGCUUGUUGAAGCAGGACUACAAGGAGGAGUGCGAUCUGAAGGAAGCGUGCGGGCUUGCAGUCAAGGUGCUCAGCAAGACCAUGGACUCGACUAAGCUGAGCAGCGAGAAGAUUGAAUUUGCGACAGUAGGAAGGACAAAGGAGGGCAAGAUCUACCACCACCUGUGGGGAGCGGACGAGAUCGAUGCUCUGCUAAAGGAGCACGGCCUGGCCAAGGCUGAGGACACUGAGAUGUCCGAGACAUGA